AUGAGUGACACCGAGGAUCAUACUCCCCCUCCAUGGGGUAGAUUGCCUGUUGAACAAUAUUUCAUCAUAAACUGGAACCACUCCUCAACCGAAACCCCUGACCAGCAACGAAAGAGGCUAGUUGCUGAGUUUCUGGACCUGGAAUCCUUUCCUCAUGCAUGGACUGGAGAUUGGGAAACCCUUCCGAAAGGUGUAGCUGUGCCUCGUGAGCCUACGACUGAGGAAGUGGACACCAUUCUCCGACCAUACCGUAGUGACUUGCUUCGAUGGCACGCUAUGACUAUGUUCUAUGACGAUACAUCCCCCGCUUUACUACGCACACAUUAUAGCGCCGACGAGGGAGAGAGAGGUAGACACGCCGAGCUAAUGGCUGAAUGGAGAGAUUCCUUUGAUUCUGAAGACUGGUGGGCGGUUCUCGACAAUGAAGAUCUCUUUAACUUUGGCUCGGAGUGGCGGCGUGUGUACCAUAUUCUUCCUGAAAUCGCGGGCCCGCUUGUACUCAACGUUGACGACAGAUGGAGAAUCCCGCGGGCCGCUCAGAACGUGGAUGAGUUCCGUCCCAGUUUCAAAACGCGACUUGACGAAGUGAAAGAAAAAGACCCAAAAGCUUGGCGAGAGGACCGAGACGCAAUAAUUGACAGCUGCGCAAUAGGAUUACAAAACUACGUCACGAGGACAUAUAUCAUCCUCGCUGACGAGGAGGCUUUCCGGUCUGGAUGGUUGCGGGUGCUUUAUUUAGAUGGGUUCCGAAACAUCGUUCGCGAAGUUCGUUCAGAUCCUGUGUUGGAUGACAUCUCCAGUAUGAUUGGUACAUGGAUGGAAACCAACGGCUUCCCUCAAGGUUCCACUGUUGGGGAGAAGUAUCGAGCCAGUGCAGAGUUAGGGAGGGAACUGUAUCAAUUCACGGAGGAGGACCUUGCAGACCCUAAUUGA